AUGAUUUCUGCUGGAGAUAGGGAUGAAAUAAAGGGAUUAGGGUUAGGGUUAGGGUUGGGGUUGGGUAGUAGAAGGAGAGAGAUGGUGGAGUCUGAGCUUGAAGAAGGUGAAGCUUAUUCAUAUCAGAACCGUGAAGAUUAUGACGCCACUGUUGAUCCUGAUGUUGCCCUCUCUUACAUUGAUGACAAAAUUCAAGAUGUCCUUGGACACUUUCAGAAAGAUUUUGAAGGUGGGGUGUCCGCAGAAAAUCUGGGGGCGAAAUUUGGUGGUUAUGGAUCAUUUUUGCCUACCUAUCAGCGCUCUCCUGCUUGGACUCAUCCGAGAACUCCACAUAAAAAUCAUACUCAAAAUUCGCCUAGAUCUCCGAAUAACUUCAAUUCAGAGAUUGGACAAGGGGAUGCUGUACAAUGUUCAACCGGAGCUCAAUUAUCGAGACUUGGCCCAGGUUCUGCUACCUCCUCGAGGCUGGCUGCAAUGAAGGGACUCUCUUUAGAUGACGAAAAAUGUGCGGAGGCGUUAAAUUCUAAGUAUGAUUCUCUAAACACGAAAGCCGGCAGCAUAUCAGACCAGAAACCACUGAAAGUUCGAAUCAAAGUGGGUCCUGAUGAUUUGUCAACAGGGGAAAAUGCUGCUAUAUACAGUGGACUUGGUCUUGAUGUGUCACCGUCACCAUCACCGGAUGACAGCCCCUCAGAAAGUGAAGGAAUUUCUCGUGGUCAUCUAGAUGAUCCCUUUGAAUCUCCUACCAGUAUCAUUAAGAUUAUGACAACCCUCCCUAAGCUGUUGUCGCCCCUUCCUGAUGAUCUCAUUGAAUUAAUUGAGAAAGAAAUUCGUACCAGAUAUAGCAUCCCCGGUCCUGUUCAUAUUGAUGACAAAGAAAGUUCCGGCAUGUUACCAAAUGAAUCUAAUGGUGUAAAAGGUGACAUAAAAUUGUUCGGAGGGAAAAGAGUGAAGUCCCUACAGGGUUAUGAGUCCUCAAUGGAAGUCAAGGGUUUCAAUAAGAAGAAUACUCAUAAUGAUGUUGGAGGGUCGUCAAGGAAAGAAAAAAAUGCAGAUGCGUUGAAUACGGAGGAACUGGUUUCAAAAACCAUGAAACAUCCACUUUUGUCCAAUUCAUAUCCUCUCUGCAAUGAUCCGGUAAAGGAUGCAGAUGGGCCAUGUGGUUCAUUGAAGGAAGCCAACAAAGGGGUGGUGAAGGAGAAAACCUUGUCGGACCAAGCACAAAAGGAACGGGUGGAUCACGCAUCUACGGAAGUGAAUGGUUUUUCUGAGAGGGCAAAAGGAGGUUCGGGAAGAAAACUUGUGGGUGAUAAGGUUUUGCUUGAUGACACAAUAAAAGCUGAAUCUAAUGUUUCCAAAGUUAGGACAACAUCAAACACUGAAUGUGUAGAGCCUCCUAAGAAGGCUGAUCAGAGAGGUAGCCUGGGCGAACAAGACAGUACGGCAUUGCCUGGGGGGAAGAAGAAGUCAAAGGGAAUUCAUGACACCACGGUUAUAGAGAGGGAAAAAGAAAACCUGAAGGUUGCAUUCUCUUUGAAUCCCAAAAUAAAAAAGAGUUCUGAUGAUAGUUAUACGUCAAAAAAUGAAAUUGAAGAUGUCAAAGUACAGAAGGGUCCUAUGAAGGCUAGGGACGCGUAUAGAGAUUUCUUUGGAGAAUUGGAAGAAGACGAGGACAAAAUUGAUUCCCUGGAAACCCCUAAUGAAGAUAAACUGAAGGAAUCUGAGGCGGUUGUGAGGAGUGUGGCUGAAACAAAUCUUGGAGCAAAGGAGAGAUCAGGUAGUAAGAAAAUUGAUAAGCCAUUGACAGCAGAAGUAAAGCCUAAAACAGCCACAAAUGGCUGGGGCACUGGAAAUGCACCUAGUACUGUUGUGGAAAAUGGAAACGUGGUUCCUGCGAUGUUGCCUCCUGUUGAGAUGGAAGAUAAUUGGGUGCAGUGUGACAGGUGCCAUAAAUGGCGUCUUCUUCCUGCUGGCAAAAAUCCUGAAAGCCUACCUGAAAAGUGGCUGUGUAGCAUGCUUAAUUGGCUGCCUGACAUGAAUCGUUGUAGUUUUAGUGAGGAUGAGACCACUAAAGCCCUUUUUUCUCUAUACCAAGGGCAUUCUCUUGAUGCUCAAAACAACCUGCAAAAUGGCUCGGGAAGUAUUCUGGUAUCAGGAACUGGGGCAACUUUGCAGCAUCCUGGUCAACGCCAGCUAAAUAAUGAUAUGCAUGCUGCGCCUGGCGGGAAGAAAAAAGCUGUGAAAGAAAUUUCAAAUUCUUCAAAUAAAGAAGGCGUUACUCUAUCUUCUCAUUCUAUAAAGAAAAACCCUCAGUCAUCAGUGAAAAGUCGGAGCUUAAAUGACGUGAACAAAUCUCCUGUUGUGAGUGAGGCUGAUGCUCCAGGGGAGAAACACAAAAAUAAGCCGAGGAUGCCGGAGUACAAUUCUGAUAGAGGUGAUGUGAAGAAGGUUAAAAGCAGGAGGGAUCCUGAUGAAGAUUGUUUGAGGCCAUCCAAGAAAAGUAAGACUGAUUUGGUUCAAUCUGCUGAUAAAGAGUGGAUUCCAGAACAGAAUGGAACGUCUAGGAAGGUCAAUCAUAGCUCAAGCAACACUUUGCCAACUACUUCAGCUGGCAAAGAUCGAUCUAGACAGAGAGGCCACUCCUCUUCGAGUGACUCCAAAUUUGGAAAGGACAGGCCGCCGGUUUCUGCUGAAAAGAAAAAAGACAAGGGUCGGGAUUCGUUGGAUGAGGGGUCCCUAGAUUUAGUGAAUUAUGGUUCAAAUGGCAGUGUAAAAAAGAGGAAAUUGAAGGACUAUCAGGAUGCUCAAACUCGUAGCUCAGGUAAUCCUUUCCCACACGAUAGUAGAACUUCUGAGCAGGAGUUCAGUGACUCCAGGAAGGAAAAGAAAGCAAGAAAUUCAAGAUCUGAAGGCAAAGAAUCAAGUGCUAGUAAAGGCAGUGGCAGGACUGACAAAAAAAAUGGUCAUACAAAGAACCAAAGUUCCAGGCAAAAUCCUGGGAGCAAUCAUUCACAUCGGAGCAUUGAUGGCAUGGACAGUUCGAAAAGGGACUUGGGGUCUGUACAGGUUUCUGUUGCGGCCACUUCCAGUUCUUCUAAGGUCUCUGGCUCACAUAAAACCAAAGCCAGCUUCCAGGAAAUGAAGGGCUCCCCUGUGGAAUCAGUUUCCUCCUCGCCGUUAAGAAUUUUAAGUACAGAUAAGUUUUCAAACAGAGAAGUUAUGGGGAAAGAUGUGCCUCGUGAUACUGCUGCUGUGGAUUGUUCAAAAAGAUGCUUAGACGGGGAAGAUGAUGGUGCAAGUGAUCGUUCAGAAACAGCUAGAAAGGAAAAAUCUUUCUCCAUGGCCCAUAGGUCUGAUUUUCAGGGCAAGGGUGUUAAUCAUAUAUCAGAUACUAAGCCUAAAGCGCAAACAACCAGCCAUUAUACCAAUGGUGGUGCUGAAAUUAUGGCCCUGGAUGGGACAUAUCCAGGUGCAGAGCAGAUUAAGGAUCAGGGCGAAGACAGGAGUGGUGUUCAUUAUGCUAACGCUAGUGUGUCUCACGCAAGGAAAACUGGCAUGGAAUCAGAUUUGGAGGAAAACAAGCAGGGCUGUAAGUCAGAGCCUCCUGAAGUUAAAGUGAAGAACUCUAGUUCUCCUAGUCAACUGCCAGAUCAGUCUCCUUUUUGUGAGACAAAGCGUAGGGAUGGAAAAGUUAAGUUGCAGGAUAAGUUCGGGCUCAAGCAUGACCAGAAUGAGAAUAUUCAUGCUAGCAAAAAGGACUCAACAGGAAAAAAUGAAAGUAGGAAAAAAGAGAAUCACGGAAAGAGGGAGCGUGAUUCUCAAGAGGUUCGUGUUGAUGCCCCAAGCAAAUGGGAACCAUUACAUGCACCCAGUAAGAAUCAGUUGGCAGACUGUGAUGCUGAAAGAUCUUCAAAGAGGUCUCUUUUGGAAAGACCUGAUCAAGAAGUGCUUGGAAAAGGGAAGUCUCAAGUUGAGACUUUGAGUCAUUGCCCACGACCAGUCGCUGGUUCCCAUAGAGGGAAUGGAGAUAUGGAACUUGAUCCGUCCAAAGCUGAUGAUGCAUCAAAGCUGCAAAAAAAGCAAUUAAAAAAGGCUGAUCAUCAAAAUGGAACUCAGCAAGUUGGUUCCAAAAACCAUGCAGUUAAUGGACACAGAUCCAAGGAGCUCGAUGCCCCUAGUCCACUUAGAAAGGAUUCUUACACACAUGCUGCUAACAAUGCUGUUAGAGAAGCUAAAGAUCUUAAGCACCUGGCUGAUCGUCUCAAGAAUUCUGGAUCCGCUCAUGAGAGCACAAACCUGUACUUCCAGGCAGCCCUUAAGUUUCUCCAUGGAGCCUCUCUAUUAGAAUCUGGUAACAAUGAUAAUGCAAAACACAGUGAGAUGAUUCAAUCAAAGCAGACGUACAGUAGCACAGCAAAAUUGUGCGAGUUUUGUGCCCAUGAAUAUGAGAAAUCAAAAGACAUGGCUUCAGCUGCUCUGGCCUACAAAUGCACGGAGGUGGCAUAUAUGAGGGUAAUAUAUUCUUCACACACUAGUGCAAGCAGAGAUCGGUAUGAGUUGCAGACUGCCCUGCAAAUGACUCCUCUUGGCGAAUCUCCAUCAUCAUCAGCCUCUGAUGUUGACAAUGUUAACAACUCUACAACAGCUGACAAAGUUGCCCUAUCCAAGAGUAUCAAUUCACCUCAUGUUGCUGGAAACCAUGUUAUUGCUGCACGAAGUCGUCCCAAUUUUGUGAGGAUACUUGGUUAUGCUCAGGAUGUGAAUUUUGCCAUGGAAGCCUCAAGGAAAUCACGGAAUGCUUUUGCAGCUGCUGAUGCAAGCAUGGGUGUGGGUAAGAAUGCCGAUGGUAUUUCUUCUAUCAAGAAGGCUCUUGAUUUUAGCUUUCAAGAUGUAGAGGGGUUUCUACGUCUGGUACGGCUUGCUGUGGAGGUCAUUCAUCGUUAA